CGGCGGCGGCGGCGGCGGCGGGCGGCGAGCGCGGCGGAGCCUGGAAUAUGGUCGGGGAAAUGGAAACGAAGGAGAAGCCGAAGCCCACCCCGGAUUACCUGAUGCAGCUGAUGAACGACAAGAAGCUCAUGAGCAGCCUGCCCAACUUCUGCGGGAUCUUCAACCACCUCGAGCGGCUGCUGGACGAAGAAAUUAGCAGAGUACGGAAAGACAUGUACAAUGACACAUUAAAUGGCAGUACAGAAAAAAGGAGUGCAGAAUUGCCUGAUGCUGUGGGACCUAUUGUUCAGUUACAAGAGAAACUUUAUGUGCCUGUAAAAGAAUACCCAGAUUUUAAUUUUGUUGGGAGAAUCCUUGGACCGAGAGGACUUACAGCCAAACAGCUUGAAGCAGAAACAGGAUGUAAAAUAAUGGUUCGAGGCAAAGGCUCAAUGAGGGAUAAAAAGAAGGAAGAACAAAAUCGAGGCAAGCCCAACUGGGAGCAUCUAAAUGAAGAUUUACAUGUAUUAAUCACUGUAGAAGAUGCUCAAAACAGAGCAGAAAUCAAACUGAAGAGAGCAGUUGAAGAAGUGAAGAAAUUACUGGUACCUGCAGCAGAAGGAGAGGAUAGCCUGAAGAAGAUGCAGCUGAUGGAGCUUGCCAUUCUGAAUGGCACCUACAGAGAUGCCAACAUUAAAUCACCAGCCCUUGCCUUUUCUCUUGCAGCAACUGCCCAGGCUGCUCCAAGGAUUAUUACUGGGCCUGCGCCUGUCCUCCCACCAGCUGCUCUGCGUACGCCUACGCCAGCUGGCCCUACCAUAAUGCCUUUGAUCAGACAAAUACAGACCGCUGUCAUGCCAAACGGAACUCCUCACCCAACUGCUGCAAUAGUCCCUCCAGGGCCCGAGGCUGGGUUAAUCUACACACCCUAUGAAUACCCCUACACAUUGGCACCAGCUACGUCAAUCCUUGAGUACCCUAUUGAACCCAGUGGUGUAUUAGGUAUGGCUUUCCCAACGAAAGGCUAAGAAUUCAAGAACGGUCUUAACCGAACCCUCAUCAGAUCUGAAUUUAACAAAUGCUUAGUCUCAGCAGCCUCCGGGGAAAAAGCUUAGCCUAGCAGUCAGUGACUUACUUGCACUUUUUGCACAUAGAUAUAAAGUAAAAUUAUGUUAUUAAUUUGGUUUAGUCUGUAAUACUACAAAGUAACGGUAAUUUAUAAAGGAGUGUACAGGAGUAUACUGACUGCUAAGUGUACUACACUGUUUGCUUUACUAAUCACCUAAUUCAUUGCAGUUCAUACUUAUUGACUCAAAGUUUAAAACCACAAUCUGUAGGCUUUAAGAAUGGCUUUUAAACCUUCUUAAGUGAUAAACUCUGGAAGUGGUCUUAAGGUUAGCACAUAAUUGUCAGCAUUAAACACGGCACUAUUUAAGUAGUCCUACUGCAAGAAAGGCACUUCAGUGAAUAUGUGACUAGUAAAGCUCAAAUAUGUUUGGAUCUAAUGAGUUGAUGAAAUGCUGUAACUUGGGGAUUGUAAAUGAAUGGAUAAAAUAGGUUAAGGCCAACAUGUUUGAAAUGAAUGCAAUAUUAAUAGAUACAUAUAAUACACAUGACAUUACAGUUAAUUUUAAAACUACUGUGCCUUAACAUGUUUCUUAAAACAAACUUUUGUAGUAAAUGAACAUUUGAAAUCCAUUUUGAUAAACCUGCUGUUAAUGUUUUCUCCCCCCCCCCCUUAUGUAUGUUUUCUAACUUUGUCUUGGUAAUUGCAAUUUAACUAGGUGCGGUGGCUACUAAAGUUCGAAGGCACGAUAUGCGUGUCCAUCCUUACCAAAGGAUUGUGACCGCAGACCGAGGUUAGUUUAGUUCUGCAGUUCUUGUUUAUAAGAAAUGCGUUGGAUGUCCAUAAAAUUUGCAACACCACACCUGGUGGAUAAAAACAACUGCUUACCUGAACACCAUUUCUUUUCCUUUUGGAAAUUCAUUUUAAUAAUUCACAGAUUUAAGGGUUGGGGUGGGUUUUUUCCUUCCUUCAUAUCUUAACUUAUUAAAUCUUCUAUUAUUAUAUACUAUGAUUUAUUCCUACUAAAACUUAAAUUAGCCAAUUUGGGGAACCUACUAAAUUUGUAUGUUGCCUUAACUAUUUUUCAGUAAUUACUUUUGCUAAAUUUUGCCUUUUAAUUGUUGUGAAAUUUGGGGUUGGUAUUGCAAAAUGAUUGAAUGGAUGGUGCUUUAUUGAAAGAAGUAGAGGAAUAUAAGCCUGCUGUGUACUUUUGGAGAAAACUGAAGAUUUAGUUUCGAUUUUCUUUACAAGAAAACAUUUGAGCCACUGUAUAAACACAAGAGUGUAGAUGCCAAGUACUUAGCUGAAAUCAACAAGGUCAGGACUGUGAAGAUAACUGUCAUGUAGUGGGAUUUUUUUUUCAUGUAAAUUAGCAAAUCAGUUCCCUUUUAUUCUUACAUUCUCUUGCCAAAAUGGAUCCUUUGAUCUUUGUCAUUUGCUGCUAAAAUAUAUUAUCUGAAGGUAAACCAUCUCCUGAAGUUCUGUGGUAUGUGAAAUCCUUUUUGACUAACCUGUGACUAGAAAAUAAGUCUUCAUUUUUCUCCUUUUCAAUAUUUUUAAUUUGUGUCCUGUGUAUACCCUCGGACCCUUUUAUAAACUAUUUGUGCUCAUAAGGAGUGUUAUUUUCGGUUUAUUGACAUUGUUUUUAAGUUGUUGUUUUUUUUUUUUCUGCGUGAGACAGUAGGAAAAGGUUUUUUAAGAACAACAUUAUGGCACAUUUUUUACCUAUUAAAUUAAUCAGAAACUCUAAUAUUAGUGGGAAAAUAAUGAAUUUAUAUUCUAUUGUAUGUCCUCUAUGAAUUUGUGAAAGACCUAUCCUGCUUUACAUGGUUUUCUUGAACACUGAUCAUAAUAAAUACUGGACACAGCUGAUGAUAUCAUUAGAAAUGCCUUUCCAAAGAUGCUUGGUGAUACUUCAUAACAUGCAUGAUUGAAGAACCUCUGAAGACUUUUAAACUAAUGUAUACAUCAUUUGUAGUCAUUUUUUCAAUGAACAGACUCCAUGCCCAGCAGUUUUCCAUUAACAUAUAGUACUCCUUGGCAAAUAGGCCAUGAAUGAGCAUAUAAACUUGUCUUAGGGUGGAGUCACUGGGUUUAAAGAAAGUAAUCUACCCAUUUGAAGCUGUAUUCAUACUGCUAGUGUCUAAAGUAGUACUACAGAGUUUUUAAUUUUUCUUUAGUUAAUUGUUAUUCCCUAUAUACUCUUAGGAGGUGUCUCACAGUUUUGUUUUAACACACUAAUUAAUGGGUUUCUUAAUCCAGUGCCUUUAGAUAGCUGGAAGAUACUAAAGGAAGAUUAUAUUCUGGUUGGGAAAUGACAACACAUUCCACAUUCCAUGCAUGGCUCUUUUUUUGUAGUUAAUUUGUUUUGAUUAACUCACAUUUUAAUUUAGAAAGCAAUGUCAGCAAACCGAAAUGCUAAUUUUUUAAAAAAUAAAUAAUGGAAUACUUAUAGACUUACUGUCACUAUGCACUCAAGGGUCUAAGGAGAUGCCUAAAGUCCUUCACUUAAAUUAUUUUAUGAUACUACUGUUUUCUCUAUUUUUGAGGUUUUUUUUCUUAGUUUUAAAACAUUAUUUUGAAGAGGAGAUUUUUAUAAGCAUCCACUUGAUGCAAAGAAAGUCAGUCUUAUACAUAUAACCGUGUAAUUCUUCUGUGUGAGCCUAAAAGUACUACAUGGCUGACAGAUACCUAGUUCUUUACUAAAAAUAAGCCCACCUCUAUUACAUACUUCAAACCUGAAUUUGAAACCUACAAAAGACCAGCUGACUUUUUAUUUGUAUUGAACUGUAAGUGAUUUUGCACAAUUGAUAUACCUGUGUGUACUAUAAAAGGCCAAGACUUGGCAGAGGGUGUAUACUAGGUAUAUAUAAAUGAUCAUUUGCUUUGUUACGUAUUUCACACUCGAACAUUAUCAGAAAAUUUUCUGAGUUAGUGAUUCACAAAACAAAAGUUACUCACAUAAUUUGUAAUAAGAUAUUUAAACACUUUUACUCAAAAAUUUAAUUAGAAGCCAAAAAAGCUUUAAAGAUUCCAUAUGUUGAAGAACCUGUGAAAAAGUAGUGUGACUAUAUCAUGUUAAGUAUUUAUUUCCUCCUUUGAUUUUGGAGUAGAAUUUUUAAUUUUAAAUAAAGUUCCAGUUUAUCUUAAGACAUUCAGGAAUGAUUUGGUCACAUGGAGGAUGAUAUGGUAUUUUUUUUGUAGUAUCCAUUAAUUGUCCUAAAUGAUUGACUGAAGAAAGCUUUUUCAUCCUGUGAAGGUAAAUCAGUCCAUUAGACAUAUGAUUUGAAACCCUGUGAACAUUACACCUACUGGGUUUUGAUUUUUGAAGUGGCACAGAAUCUAAUGUUGCACUGAAUACCAUUUCAUUCACAUCUCCUCUGCCUUAGUUGCAAUGGCAACAGUACAGAAAAUUCUAUUCAAACCUCAGAAUAUAGUAGAAAUAAUUAAGCUGUUGAAUGAGUCUUAAAAACCAUACUACUGUUAAGUGGACCAAGUUUGGUGAAGCAGAAGGUGACAGAGGUUGGUUAAGGAAGGGACAACUCAAGGACAUUGGGAAUGAUGACUUUUCCACUUGAGAACUACUUUUAUGUUUUACUGUAAUUUUUUAAAUUUUUUUGGUUCUUUUUGUUAUUUUUGUUAUUUUGCAAAGGAAAAUAGUAUUUACAGGUGGCUUCUUUUAAAAUAUAAAAAUAUAAAGCAGGAAUGUAUAUGAAAUGUCAGAUUUUAUUGUAUUGCAGAGUAUUAGCUUUGAAAUUGAGUAAAGAAAGCUGUUUGUAGUUUUAAAAUGCCUUAUUGGUAUCAAUUAGAAAUUUCUUCUAUUUUUUGAUGUACUUAGAGCUCUUUGAGGUAUAGAAUUUUAAAUGGCAGGAUUUUACAGUGUUUACAUGCAAGUGCAUUUUAUAAGUGUUCUAUAUGUGUAAAAUAGUAUUUUCAACUGGAAAGCAUUGGCCAGUGCCAAAGAGCCUGGCCUUUUUCUGGUUCCCAUGAUGUUGCCUACACUGCUAGACUACAGUAUUGCUUUGUAUCAUGAGGCCAAGAAACUUCGUGUUGUUUGUAAAUAGAAUAAUUGAAAAAGCAAUAAACAUUUAUUGAACAAAA